GGCAGUGACGCGGAACCGGCAACGGCCGCGCCGGGGCUGCUGUUGGUAACGGCCAAGAUGGCGGAGGCGGCGCGGCCGCCCCUGCCCGACUCGGUGCUGCUGCAGGUCCUGGCGCUGCUGCCGCUGCGGGACCGGCUGCGAGCGGCCAGGGUCUGCCGGCGGUGGCAACAGCUGGCGCAGGACCGAGCGGUCUGGACACAUGUGGAUCUGAGCCCUCACCGGAUCACCCGCCGCACCCUGUGGCACCUGGUCCGCCACCGCCUCCCUGACAGCCUGUGCACCCUGCGGGUGCGGGGCACGCCCCGCUCCCUCGGCAAGCAGCGGCUCCUCUCCCCGGCACUGCUGGCUGCCCUCCGCAAGCACUGUCCCCAGCUCCAUCGCCUGUGCCUGACCGAGACAGACCUCCGCCACGUCCCUUACGAGAGCAUCCCCUCUUCUGUCACCACACUGGAGCUGAACCUCUGCGACAUUCCCGAUGCCUGGUUCUGCGUCUCCCCUUUGGUGCCACCACCACAGGUACAACACCUUGCUAUCCACAGCAUUCCCACCUUUUCUGACCAUCAUCUUCUUGACAUUUCCUCACAGAACCACCUGAAGACACUGAGCCUUUGUGGCACCUACCGCAUCACUGAUAUGGGGAUCCAAGCAGCAGCUCCACACCUGGAAGAGCUGGAACGCCUGAUUCUCCGCCACUGCAUCAUCGGGGAUGCUGCCAUGGUAUUCAUUGGGCGCCACAUGAAGCAGCUCCGCUACCUGGAGAUCAGCAAUGCCUACUUCCUGACAAACAGGGGGCUGGUUUCUAUUGCAACACUGGAGCACCUGGAGACCCUGUGCCUCGACCUCUAUGAUUUGGUCUCCCUUGGUACUGUUAUUGCUUUGUUGCAAGUGCUGCCUCGCCUGAACCACCUCAAAUUAGGCGGAACUUGCUUUGAAGAUGAAGUCCUCCAUAAAAUUCAGGAGAAUUUUCCACAUUGCGCCAUAUCUCACACUCCUUGACAACCUGAAAUGUUAUCCUUCCUUACUACACUUGAAGUGCUCCUUUUUUGGAUAAAGCCUGAUUUCUUCUA